AUGCCUGGAACUGAAGACGAACCGAUUCGAGGUCAAGCGGCAAGAAUGUGCGGUAUAAUCAUGCAUGUGAAGAUGCCACUGAGUCUGCGCACUGAAGCUUUAGCGCGGGGAAAGAGGAAAGGCGAGGCAGUUGUAUCCUGGGAGACACAUGGCAAACCUGCGGACCUAGAGCCGCAGACGACAAGUGGGACACCUGGAAAACCUCCUGACCUAGACCCGCAGACGACAAGCGAGACACCUAGAAAACCUUCUUGCCUAGAGCCACAGACGACAAGCGGGACACUUGGAAAACCUCCCGACCUAGAGCCGCAAACGACAAGCGAGACACCUGGAAAACCUCCUGACCUAGAGCCGCAGACGACAGGCAAAACACCUGAAAAAAACCCUGACCUAGCGUCGCAGAUGACAAUUGGGGCGCCUGGAAAAUCUCCUGACCUAAAGCCGCAGACGACAAGCGAGACACCUGGAAAACCUCCUGUUCUAGAUUCACAGACAAGCGGGACACCUGGAAAACCUCCUGACCUAGAGUCACAGACUACAAGCGGGACACCUGGAAAACCCCCUGACCUAGAGCCGCAGAUUACAAGCUAG